GAACUCUCUUCCCAGCCUCACCUGGACGCACGGCUCAACACCAGAUAGUCGCCCAUGAGUUGGAAAUUAGUGCGUCCCGCUACUCUACAUCAACACCGGAGGCGGUACCUCGUAUGCGAGUGGACGCGCUGCGGUUUAUCGGGGAAGAUCCAAUGGGGUGGAUCUUUCGCAUUCAAAAGUAUUUUGAUUACUUUUUAACACCGGAGCCGGAGAGACUUCAACUGGUGGCCAUGUUCAUAGAUCAUCCGGCGUCCGAAUGGUUUCACUAUUCUCAAGCUAAUAAUGGUACGACUACAUGGGAGGACUUUCUUUUGGCCGUUCAGCAACGCUUUGAUCCGCACUAUUAUGAGAACUACGUCGGGUUGCUGUCCAAACUCACCCAAACCACGAGCGUGAUGGAAUACCAGACCGCCUUCGAGGCCCUUCUCAACAAGCCCCGGUCUUCUUCCUACUCCACGACCGGCACAGCCUACGGCCAAAGCUCCCGCCCCCCAACCGCUUCGGGUUUGCCCGUAGUUCGUCUGACUGAUGCGGUCAAGGCCGAACGCAACAAGAAGGGGUUAUGCUGGUACUGUGACAAAAAGUAUACCCCGGCACACAACUGCAGGUGCCGCUUCUUUCUCCUCAUGGGGCAAGAUGAUGAUGAGUCAGAACUAGAACCUCCUCUAGCGGCCGAACUGGACGAUGAUGCUCUGGUCAUUCUCGGUGAUAUUUCCAUCAUGCAUUCGUUGGCCGGCAGCCCUAGCCUGCGGUCCUUAAAAGUUUCCGGCUUUGUCAAUUCGGCGGUGGUCCAGGUAUUGUUGGAUAGCGGCAGUACACACAAUUUUAUCCACCCCAGCGUCGCGGAACGUUUGGCUUUGCUUUUACAUCCGGUAACCCUGUUUCGUGUUUAUGUUAGCAAUGGUGAUUCCUUGCGUUAUUCAUACUCUUGCACAAGGACUCCUCUUCGGUUACAAGGCCACCUAUUUGAUGUUGAUUUAUAUUUGUUGGAAAUCCAUGGUCCAGACAUUGUGUUGGGUGUGCAGUGGCUUCAAGCCUUAGGGAAGGUCUCACACGACUACGCCAAAAUGACGAUGGAAUUUAUAUGGAAAGGGGAAAAUAUCACAUUGCGAGGUGACACAGUCGAGCCUAGACCUAUUUCUUACGGUUGGCUAUGUUCCUUGGCAUGGGAUGUGGUGUCAUGUGAUCUCUAUGAACUCACUCCGGCGCCCUCGGACACCACGACGGCGGAAGAUGGCCUAGCACUAUCGGCAGACUUGCCAUCAGCUGCCCGCGCACUUCUCCAAGCCCAUGACAAGCUCUUUCGCCUCCCUUUGGGUCUGCCACUAGCCCGAGCUUUAUACGGCCGACCUCCGCCUUCACUGUUCCCCACUUUAUCCAUCCGUGCAUGCACGCCAACAGUGGAGGACCUUUUGCGGGAUAGGGAAGCCAUGCUUGAAGAUUUGAAGCUCCAGUUGCGGAAAGUGCAGCAACGGAUGCGAGACCAGGCGAACCAGCAUCGACGCCAAAACAGUGAUGUUGGCCUUUUGGACAUCGCUGUUGGCUUGACUGUUGCUUCCCAAGUAAUGGACAGCGCUGUUAUGAAAGUGGGAGAAACCACGGUCCCAAAGACCAAAGAUGAGUUUGAUGUCGAAGACUAUGCGAAGGCUAUCAACAUGCUAUACUGUGCGGUUAACCCCGAAGAUUACCGAAAGAUCUCUUGUUGCUCAACCUCCAAGGAGAUGUGGGACAAGCUUGAAGUGACGUACGAAGGUACCGAUCAAGCCGAUGCCAUCUACGAGUCAAUUGGUGUCUCCAACGUCACAAUCGAUGGGUUAAGAUGCAAUAUCAAAACUUACGAAUCUACCAUGCUUAAUCCAUCGUUGGACGAACAAAGAAAGAAGGGAAUAGCUCUCAAAGCCACCAAGGAACCGGUGGAAGAGGUUUCAAGCGACGAUGACAACGAGUUUGGACUCGUCAUCAAGAAGUUUCACAAAUUCAUGAAGAAGGAAUUUGAGCGUAAAGGAAGGAAGCACGACGGUCCUCCGAAGUGCUACGGCUGUGGCGAGAUUGGCCACAUCAAGCCAAGGUGUCCAAAAGCCAAGAACGGCAAGGACAAGCCCGGCUUCAAGAAGCAAAGAGCUUACAUCUCUUGGGGUGGCGAUUCUGGCGACGAGUCAACCGACCAAGAGGAGGACGAAGCUGCCAACCUUUGCCUCAUGGCACACGAAGAUCAAAGCGACGAUGUCCAAGAGCUUGGGCGCAUCGCCGGCCUCCCCUACCAAGCCGACGACAUCUCCACCAAUGGCGGAGAAGAUUGGGUGCUCAACAACGAGGGGUUGGUCCUUGAUGAACUCGGCAUCACCACCCUCAUCCGCCACGCCACGGGUCGCCCCACCAUCCACUCCGCGACCCCCGAAAGCCGCCUCCUUCUCUACAUCGUGUCCCGCAUCCUCAAACCAAGGAAGCACGGACACACGAUUAUGUCAGAAGAGGACCUCAAGCUUCUCCAUGCAAUCAUGCACUCGGUGCCGAUCAAUUUGGCGAAGUUUGUCAUGAUCCACAUGACGGACGCCACGUCGCUUACCCACGAUCGCCUCCUUCCGUACCCCCUCUUGGUGAUGGACAUCCUUGAGCGGUUCAAGGUGGACGGGAUGGGUGGGUACCUUAAACGGCUCGACGAGGCUAUUCAACGUCCAGGGUACGCCAUGAACGUGUACUUCCAACGUGUUAACUACGUCCCUCCACCGUGCCAAGCCACGGUCCUUGGGCAAGAGUACGGUAACGAGGACAAAGAGGAUGGCUCCUACGCCCCGUCAAGCUCCCCGGACGAGGAUGAAUUCGACGACGCCAUUGAUGGUGAUGCAAUGGAUGUUGACGACGAUGAGGAGGAAACCGAAGACGAAGAGGAGGAAGACGAAGACUAGGCCGCACCUAGAUUUUCUAUCUUUUUUCUUUUAAUUUUUCAUGUUUUUUUAAUUAAUUUCUUCCGUUGUACUCCGCUUUUUCCCAAUUCAAUAAAAAAAGUUAUGCUUUAUCUUUUUGUUAAUACUCUGGAUCGCGACCCAUUUAAAAAUAUUUUUGGAGUAACGCGGAAGUACAAUAAUAAUCAAAUCAUGACACAUUUAAAAUCUUGAUGAUCAAACAUUUGCCUGCAAUCCCUGCAUCUCCUCCGACUCAUUGCCCUCCGGGAGUGGUUCCGUCAUUAUCUUCUUGUUACCUACGUGUAGUCAACGAAAAAUACAAACUACACGCUCAGCGAAACCGCUGAGUGGUACCACGCUAGAAUUGUAGAAUAAUUUCACAGACAUAUACAUAUACAUAUAUAUACGUCCACAAAAAUGUAUAACAAUAUUCAUGAUAUGGCACAUUAUAUCAUAUGGCCAAGUUGAUGGUUCAUAAUGAUAAAUAUUUAAUGAUAAUUACAUGAUGCCACAUUUAAUCAAUUUGAGUGUUCUUGAUGAUGAUUACAUGACACCUAUGUAAUCAAUAUAAUUGUACUUAAUGAUGAUAACAUGAUUUCACAUUUAAUUAAUUUGAUUGUUCUUGAUGAUGAUUACAUGACACCUAUGUAAUCAAUAUAAUUGUACUUGAUGAUGAUAACAUGAUGCAUGAAACUAACGUGCAAGGACGACCCUUGCGCUAUGAGAUUCGCCCAGGUUGUACGACGAACUCACGCCACCUUAGUCUCACGAAUGAGGUGAGACUAGAAAAAAUGGGGGUGGUACUCGAAAGCCUGAAUACCAUGUACGUACACUAAGCCCGAACGUGUGGUGUCGGACUGCUAAGUCCCGCACAAUCACGCUAUAAGAGACGCACGAGGCAUGAUCUCUUACGCAUGCAUAUGAUGUGAAAUGCUUCAAUAUGAUCAAUAUGAAUGAUGAAAUGAAUGAUAUGAUAUGAGCAAUUUGUAAACAAUAUGACUAUAUAUUCAUGCAUGAGUUUAAUUGGAUGAAACAUGAUUAAAAUAUCAUUUAAUUAAGCUACUCGGCUCGGAACGAUCGACCGUUUGACACGGCGGUCGACUGUGCUUCAAUUCAUUUCGUCAGUCUGGAACACCGUGACGGUCGACCGUGGUUGACCGGCGGUCGACCGUUGUUGACUGCUUCAGUGUGGCUGCGUUCGGCUGAGCUUCGGCGGUCGAUCGUUUGGCUACGGCAGUCGACCGUUCUGUUGACAGUAGUAGUCCGUUUUGAAGUUUAAUACGACGGUCGACCGUUUGCGUCGACCGUUUGGGUCUGCAAAUCUUAUUCUUGAUAUUUUGAGUGUCUAGAGUACUUCCUUA